GAGUUUGUUUAGGAAAGUCCCGAAAAACAUUGUUAAUAAAAAAAUUUAAAAAAAAAUCCGGUAUUCCACUAUUUUUGACUAGAAAAUACACAAAUAAACCAAGUAUCUAUUUUACUAUCCACGUUAUCUAUGAAAUGUAAUGUUGGUUGCUUCAAAAAAUUUUUCAGGCUGAUUAUUACUCGUGUAUUUAAGGAUUGUUCUAAUUUGUCCAGCAAGGACUAUAUACGUGGAGGUUUAUAACAUUUUUGCCUGGAAAAAAGGAAAUAAGGAUGAGAAAUAGGAUUCCAACAUGUUCUUCGGUGAACAUUGAAGGUCUCUCCUAAUUUAGUUUUUUUGUCAUCAUUGUUUUUUUUUUGUUGGUAACCCAAUAUUUUUGACAUUUGAGAGCACAGUUUGGACGCGUUGUUUGUAUUCGAUUGUAAAAUUCUAAUUUAUUUAUCCUUUCUUUGGAUCAACAUGGACACAGCUAUAAAAGAAAUUGAAGAAAAAGAAGCUAGUCCUUCUGAAUCUGUUGAAACGGAGGAAUUGGACAUCGAAAGCGAACCUUUCUUUCAGGAUAUUUACAUGCUGACCGAACACGGCGUCCCUCUUCCAGAUAUCGAAGAAAUGCGAAACAUUGGCAUAAACACAGUCAAGGGCCUCCAAAUGACCACAACCGACAAACUUUUGGCUUUGAAAAGCUUUAAUCCGAGUAAAGUAAGCAAAAUUCAGGAAAUUUGCGGAAAUAUCUCUUUCAGCAAUCGCUUCAUGACCGCUUUUGAAGUAAGUGAGGCAUGCAAGCAAGUUUUUAAAAUAAGUACGGGAAGCGCAAAUUUGGAGUAAUUUCUGAUCAAGCACUAAAAAAAUGCGGAUUUUAAAUUUUUAAAAGGAUACGGGUCGGUUUACAGAAAAUGAAAUUAUUCAGAAUUACAUUGUUAUUUAUUUGGCCAUUGAAAUGUUCCGUAAAUCGGCUAAAUUUAUACAGAAUGAUCCACGAGUAAUAAUGAGCCUGAAAAAUUUUUUUAAGCAACCAACAUUACAUUUCAUUGACUAACCCGUAUAAUUGCAAUAAUUCACCUAAAACGCAAAUACAUUCAGUUCAAAAGUCGGCGAAUUAGCUCUAGAAAACAUUUUCUUCCACUUUUUUCAAUUUAAUUCUCUAAUUUUUCAUCAAAUUCCAUCAAAAGAUAGCGGGCGUAUAAGUUGAUUCUACAAUUUUAAAAUUGUUUUUACCUUUUUUGUGACUUUCAGCACGUUUUUAACCGAAAAUGGACAUAAUUUCUCCAAAAAUCACCAAAUCUGUGUAUUUUCUAGUCAAAAAUAGUGGACGUGCGCAAAUCCUACUGGAUUUUUAUUAACAAUGUUUUUCGGGACUUUACUAAACAAACUCAGUUAACUAAAAAUUUUUAGAGAUAAAUUAAAUAUUUUCAUUUAAUUUUUUUUAUAAUUUAAGAAGUAAGUCAUCUAAGGAUUCAACGCUAAAGUUUAAAGUUAUGUUUCACUUUUACGUUCAUCUCCUUUUCUCUCAAAAAAAAGGUAUUUUCCCUUUAUUAGGAUGUGCUCUUACGUUUACACUUUGGCGCCUUUACGUACUUUUAUCUUUUGCCGCAUUAUUUUCUUAUUUCUGUCAGUUUUAUGCUCCGCUUACGUUUAUACGUCUAUGUGUUCUCUCAAUCUCUUAUUUUUGUUUACGUGUUGUUUCACUUACCUUUUUUAAACUUUUUUUCAUAGAAAAAUUGUUACCCUGAUCCGGGUUCGAACCCCGACCUCCCCCGUCGUAAGUGGCGCUUAUACCACUGAGCCACCAGGGCCCCAAGUACUGACCGGCUUUAGCAGAUAUUUUAACACAAACUUUUUAAAUAAAUCAACAUUACAAACUAUGCAGGUGGUCCACGAGUAAUAAUGAGCCUGAAAAAAUUUUUGAAGCAACCAAUAUUUCAAUAUUUUCAGCUCGGUUUUGCAAAAUUUCUGCAAUAAUGUGCUUAAAUUAAUGCUCACAAAAUGCAAAAAUUGCUUCAAUUUUGAACCAAUUCAAGUUUAUUUUUCGGUCUUUGUCGGUUAAUGUUUGGCAAAAGUUCACUAAAACAAUAGAAAAGGAAAAUAACUGAUUUUUGAAAUCAUUUUGCAUUUUUGAAAAACAAGAUAAAACGCAGAAUAAUUGCGUUUCUGACUAAAUAAAGUGCUCAAACCACCAAACCAUUUUUUUUACUAAAAAUAGUGAUACCAACGUGUAAGUUGUGAUUAAUUUAUAUUGUUAAUUAAAUCUUCAGUUUUUGAAUACUCAUUAUAGUUAAUAAUAACAACUUUUCGUUCCAUUUUAAGAAAAUCGCGUUCAAGCGCCCAAAAAAUUAAAAAUUACACCAUUUUUGCCAAUAAUUGGCGAAAUAAUUGAGUUUCUAUGACUUUUGACUAAACAAGGUGUUUAGUUACAUCACUCUAUUUUAUUGUCGAUGAAAGGUCGCACUAAUGGAUCUUCUGCCUUUCCCCUUAAAAAGUAGAUAAAACCGUGUAACACAUAAUGACUCCGUUUAACGAACAAAAAUAAUCCAUUUAAACCGCUGAUGUAAUUUGUGAGCAUUUGGUAUAAAAUAGCUGAGACAAUGUUAAUGUUGAUAUCAGUAUUACUACUAAACAAAUUAGAUUUAGUUACGUCCAAGCAAAAUAAAAUAGACGCACUAUCCAAAAAAACCUUGCUGGAAUCCGAAAUUGAACAUUUUUUUACCGAAUAUUCAAAAACUGAAGACUUGGAUGUAGACAUUACAAUAAUUAUCACAACUCACACCGUUGUUAUCAACGAUCUUGUAAACAGUUUCUUGAACACAAACCAAUUUGAAUACAUUAUCACUACUAACUGUACGGAAAACACAACAAAGAAUCGCCAAGUUUCGCCAAAAAUCUUCAUUUUUUUGCAAAUUAACGAUCUGGUGCUAACCCUAGACCAGAUGGAGACUUGCAACUUGUGGUCACCUAAAUCCAGGAUAUUUUUCAUUAUCGCUGGAACAGUCAACAAUUUUAGUGUGAUUGAGGAAAGUUUGGAAAUAAUAUGGUCCCGAAAAAUCCUAAACUUCGUUCUGGUCUUCGUCAACACCCAAAUAAACGUCCUGUCCUACAACGGUUUCGCACAGGAAAAAAUCGUCAACUUAACAAAUUCCCGGGAUUUUUUCCCCAACAAAUUGCUUGACAUCAACGGACACGUCCUAAAGAUCGGAAUGUUUAAAGACACGCCAAGAAACACGAAAAAUUCCAAAGGGCAGUGGUACGGUCCUGACUACGAGCUCCUUGAAGCCAUCACAUUUAUGAUGAAUGCAACUUUGCAAAUUGUUGAAUCGGCGCAAGAGGAACAUUUUAACGGGCUUUAUGACAACGUUUUGAACGGAAUUGUUGAUUUUAGUUUCAUUCCGUUGUACAAAUUCGAUACGUUCUCACAAAUCGAUUUUUCCUAUCCAAGGAAAUUGGAAAAUUUGGUGGUUUUGGUGCCCAAAGCUGGGCAAAUACCACAAGAGAGUUAUUUAUUUUUGAUUUUUGACUACAAAAUAUGGUUGAGUGUUUUAGUGUUUCUUUUUUUGAUCAGUUGUGUCUUAAAACAGGCACAAUUUGUGGUAAAGAAGCGACAAAAUUCGUUCAUUUACUGGCUGUUUGAAGCCUGGAAGUGUUUCAUAGGAAGUGGAGGAACGACAAGUUUUGGGCGAAAAGAAACGCCAGUUAAAUUCAUUUUAACGGUUUGGAUGUUGGGUUCUAUUAUUGUGAGUGCGUGCUUUCAAUGCUCAUUUACUUCAUCGUUCACUAAACCGAAAUACUUCGAUGAAAUUAACACUUUGGACGAUUUGAGACAAACAGGAUUGAGAAUUUUUUGUGCCGAUUAUUACAAAAAUUAUCUCCUAAAAGUUGAAAGUUACGGUCUUCACACACAGUUAGUUUUCGUGAGUACACGAAAAAUGUACGAAAUUAGGAAAGAAAAACUCGCCUUACAUGGACGAAGUCCAUCGGUGUGUUUUACUGGACCAGGAAGUGGGUUUAUCGAAAAAAGCUGACCAAAACCUAAUUAUUCCACCCGACCAUGAGGACGCAAUCACAAGUGUUAAUAUAACGUUCUCCCAUUUGAAAAGUCUAUUUUUGAUACUGUUGUGUGGCUACCACGUCAGUUUUGUCGUUUUCCUUUGUGAAUUUUGUGUAAAAGCGAAAAAUAAAUUUUAAA